UGGUUUGUGAGGAAAGAUGACAUGUCACAAUCAGUCCAGAUAACUUUAUUCUAGUUACAGAUAAUAAGGGAGUACACAAGAUAUCAAUAAACGGACAAGACAGUGGGUCUUUAGCUGAAAAGGGAGAGAAACCAGGCCAGUUUAAUACACCUGAAGGUAUAAUUGCCUCUCAUGAUACACAUCACAUCUAUGUUGCUGAUCGUGGCAAUCACAGAAUUCAAGUCCUCAAUCCAGACUUGACCUCAUUUCUUGUGUUUGGCAGCAAAGGAUCUGGUGAGGGCCAGUUUGACGAACCUUGGGGCCUAGCUAUUGACAGUGACGAGUUUCUUUAUGUCGUUGACUCUAAAAAUCACCGCAUUCAAAAGUUUACGUCCAAAGGAGAAUUUGUAAUGGAGUUUGGCAAAACUGGAGAAGGGACUUUAUCAUCUCCUGCUGGCAUAACUAUCAGCCACAAGAAUCAGUUAUAUGUCACAGAGAAGGGAACUCAUUCUGUUGCUGUGUUUGAUACUGAGGGUCACUUUAUCAAUCGAUUCGGUCGUCAUGUCAGCAAUCCAGAUUAUUGUCUUAAAUGUCCCGAGGGGAUCGACUUUGACUGCAAUGGACUCUUAUACAUUUGUGACUAUUUUAAUAAAAGAAUAGUAGUAUACUAGUUGUUAUUUUUGCAAAUCAUGUUUGUGGUUUAAAUUGGUAUUUUUGUAUAAACAAUAAUACAGUGAAUUUUAACUUAGAUCUAAUUGCGAGUGGGUGUGAACGAGCUGUCCCCUUCAAUUAAUCGCACUAAGCAAACUGACGUUACGCUAGACUAGUCGAUAUGGCUGUAGCCCAGAGCCUUCCAGUCGGCUUGUCUCUCUUCUCGGACUAUCAGCUAGUGGAAAGAAGUGGUCACUCGACACUAAAGGUAGGGGACUACCUGUACAUGUGGGGUGGUAUCCAGCCAGAUCUCCCAACAGCUCACAACAAUGAAAAGAAGAAAGCAAUGUCGACUCUCAUUGAGGUAUACCACUUACCAACAGGAGCCUGGGAGCAGAAAGCAACAAUCGGUAUCCCACCACUUGGCAUCUCUGGAUAUGCAUCAGCAGUCAUUGGGAAUGAAAUAUUUUAUUAUGGAGGCUAUUGCAAUCACGACGACUGCUACCACAAUAGCCUGUACAGUUUCAACGUUGAUACCCUCACUUGGAAGCUACUCUCAUCAACCACUCCUCACCACGGCCCGAGAAUGAAGCACCACUGUGGCAUGGUACCGAUACAUUUUGAUGGCGAGAGCUACCUUGUAUUGAUUGGGGGAUACGGCCCGGCAUAUAACAAUACGCUUAAGCAACCCGGUGCUCAGUAUUGGCAGAAAAACCUUGUUGCAGCUGGAAUGCAGCAUACGAAUGAGAUCUAUUAUUACAAACUAUCUACAGAUCAGUGGUUGACUCCAAGCAUUACUGGAAACAGGCCACCACCCAUUGAAGACUUCACUCUAACAAUGAUUGAUAACAACACUGCUAUCCUGUUUGGUGGGGACACCACAAAUGGAGAGAGCAAUAACUUAUUUAUCAUUAGAUUCUCCAAAAUGUCAAUGAAUAUAUCAGAGUUGCCCAUUGGCCAAUCUGAACUGUGGCCCAGUGCAAGAUGGGGUCAUUCCAGUGUGCUAAUUCACGAUGAAUCAUCAGAGCCAUAUCUUCUAGUUGUUGGUGGCUACCCUAGCAAGGACUGCUGGCUUUUCAAUAUCAAUAAACGUGUAUGGCAAGAGCUCACAUGUACUGUUCCAGUCACUGUCACUGGUAGAUACUAUCAUUCUCUAGCAGCAUGGAGUGUGACACCAGUUAAUGUGUGGGUUAUUGAGCAUGGUGGAUUUAAGAAGGGGCCAAUUGUUAAUACUACAGCAAUUAUUGAAUUGACUUGUACUCAAACAAAGGAAUGGUCUAUUUCUUUCAUCACCCUAAGUAACUAUCAAGAGAAACUAAAGGAAAGAAGAAGAGAAUGGGAGGAGCUGAAGACUGCAAGACAGAAUCGCUCGGCACGUAGGUCACAGUUGAAUUAUGAACACAAGGAGAUCCUGGAUAGCUGGAAGAUCAAGGAGCAUGUUCAAUUGAAGCUCCAUCAGGAGCUAAAAGAGGCUAGAAUCCAGCUACAAGAGAAAGAGAAGGAGCUUCAAGCGGUCCAAGAGGAGCUUUCAACAAUCAGUCAGGCCCAGGAGAAGGAGUUCCAAAAAAGAGAGAGGGAUAUUCGACUAGAGUUUGCAGAAACGGAGCUACAGCUCCAGACGAUAAAAGUCCAGCUAUCGGAGGCAAAGCAGCAAGCAAACGUUGUUCAGUUUCAAUUGCAAGAGAAGGAAAAGGAGCUCUCAACAGCUCAGCUACAGCUUUCAGAGGCAAUAGAAGAACUCAAUGGACUAAGGAGAGAGUUGGAAGAGAAGGAAAAUAUCGAGAGAGAAAAGGAGAAACAGCGUAAAGAGGAGGAUUCUUUCUGGUUUGUGAGGAAAAAGGACAUCAUAAUGACAGAAAAGGUUCUCGGUAGAGGUGGUUGGGGUGAAGUUAGGGUUGCUUUAUUUCAAGGGCUUAAAGUUGCUGCUAAAGUUCUUCAUGAAACCAUCAUCUCCGAAUAUAAUCUUUCGAUAUUCUCACGGGAAAUGGAGAUUGCUGCUAAAGUCCGUCAUCCCAAUCUCCUCCAGUUCAUAGGAGCCACUAAAGAGGGUAACCCAAUCAUCCUGACAGAGCUAAUGCCCACCAGCUUAAGAAAAGAGCUAGAAGGUGGUGAAGGCAUACCCUAUCCAACUGUCCUUAGCAUCAGUUUAGAUGUAGCCUGUGCUCUCAAUUACCUUCAUCUCUGCAAGCCUCCUAUCCUACACAGAGAUGUCAGCAGUGCUAACGUACUCCUUCAAUCAAUGGGAGGUGGCUAUGGCAGUGGAUGGAGAGCUAAGCUUUCCGAUUAUGGCUCAGCUAAUCUUCAGCCUCUCAUUGGAAAUACCUCAAAUCCAGGAAAUCCUGUAUACUCAGCACCUGAAGCAGCCAAUCCAAUAGAUCAUUCUCCUGCAAUGGAUGCCUACAGUUAUGGUGUUCUUCUUUUAGAGAUGGUGACACGCCGUAUACCAUUACCACACGAGAGGAUCGGUCUGAUUGAUAAUGUCCGUAAAGUACCUUUCAAAUCUCUCAUUCAACGCUGUGUGGUGACAGAUCCUGCAAAACGACUCAAAAUGUCUGAGAUUAUAAUCGAAUUAAACGAUAUGCUAUAUUAA